AUUUUUUUUUUAAUGUGAUAUUUGCAAAUGUCACUGCCAGUCGCACGUUGACUUCCUUUAAAUAAGUGGAUGUUUAGAUAUAGACAACUGCAAUUUCUUCCACAUAUUAAAAAAACAAGACAUUUUACAUUAGCCGUAAAGGUGAUAUACUUCUUUAAAACAAGAAUUUAAACUGAUACAUAAUCGUGCUGUAACAAGAUGGAAAAUUCCAGGGAAUUUACAAGAAAAGGAAUACAUGUAUAUAAAAAUGGGGCACGGUUUGAAAGUUCUAAGUCUGUACCAUAUUUAGAAGUUCCUACCUGGGUAUCCUUGACAUGUAGUAGAAAAAACUGUUGUGGAAUGGACAGCAAUUUCAGAUCAAUUGACACUACUUCCCUGGGAAUGGGAAGUACUUUCGGUGAGAUCGGAAGCCCUUCAGACGUGUCAUCGUUAGGGUCCGAAAAAGACAGAGGAUUCCUAAAUAGGAAUAAAUCAAAACGAGGCAAAAUGGCAGUGCUGUUUUUAGUUCUAUUCAUUCUGAUUACUUUCAUUGCUGCAGCUGUUGGGGUAACACUAAGCUACGUCCACCAUCGAGAUAUUGUGAGACUCCAUGUGAAUUUCAGCGUUGAUAAAUACAACGAAACGCUGAUGUACAAGAGGCAGCUGGAAGCUGAAGCAUCUGAAUUCUGUAGGAAGGUAAAGGAUGCGUUUCGUUCAACAGGACUUGAAUCCCAUUUUGUGGAAUGUAAAUGCGUAGACACCAGACGUACACAAAGCAAAGUAACGUUCUCCUUCCAACUUGAUUUUGCUGAUAAGGAGAAAGACAAUAUUGACCAAAUCAAGGGUGUCAUCGUAAGUGUUGUCAAUGAAAAGAAGAGGGAUUUGGAAUUCAGAGCAUUGUAUUCCCAUCCACCUCAGCCACCAGGAGAUGCAGAUAAAGAAGGGCCUGUUGAAUUGAAGACAAAAGAUGAAGAAACUGCAGCAUCCACGAAGACAACCCCUGCUGAAAUAAAGUCCACAACACAAAGAAAUAGAAAGAUAUUUCCAAAAACUAAUUCCACUACAUCAAAUACCAAUACGGCAUCAAGUAGCAAUUUUAAAAGUAUUCAAAAAGUGACAGUCAAAACUACAACCAUUGCAACAAAAACAGUCUCCACGACACCGGGAAUGAAUGCGUGGGACAGACUAUUGUCUCAGUUAAACAUCACUGGAGGUUGAUAACAUGGUGAACAGUACAGCUGAUGUCCACUGCUAUUUCCUUUCAAUCUCGUUCAAAGAUGAUUAAAUCUAUUGUUAUUUAAUCUUGACAUUCAUGCAUUUCAUCAUUGCUUGCUUACGGGGUAGUCUGAAUAUCAAACGAUCAGGUCUAUACAAAGAUUAGCAAACUAUUGCUGAUAAUGAGGUUUUAAACUGAUAAUGGGAAAUUACAUGUAUUACUUUAAAAUUCUGUAUGCUCAUCUGUGUAUAUGUCACAGUUGUAAUUAAAUUAUGAUUAUCAUUAUUAUUAAAUAUGAAAAUUA